UUCGCCGGGGGCGGCGGGGGAGGCGGAGGCGGCGGGGGCGGCAAGCAGCCCGAGGAGCGCUUCGACUUCAUCGUGGUGGGGGCCGGGUCGGCCGGCUGCGUGCUCGCCAACAGGCUCAGCGAGGUCAAGGAGUGGCGGGUGCUGCUGCUGGAGGCGGGCGUCGAGGAGCCGGAGGUGGCGGAGGUGCCGGCGAUGGCGCCGCUGCUGCAGAACAGCAACCUGGACUGGCGCUACCGCACGCAGCCGGACGGGCGCGCGUGCAAGGCGCGCCGCGGCCGCUCCUGCGGCUGGGCGCGCGGCAAGGUCAUGGGCGGCUCCUCCGCCAUCAACUACAUGAUCUACGCGCGCGGACACCCCAGGGACUACGACGAGUGGGAGCAGAAGGGCAACGACGGCUGGGGCUACCAGAGCGUGCUGCCGUACUUCAAGAAGUCCGAGGACAACGAGGACGAGGAGAUCGUGAAGAAGAGCCCGGGCUUCCACGGGCGCGGCGGCUACCAGACGGUGGAGUGGUUCCCGUACCAGGACGAGAACGUGGCGCCGCUGAUCGAGGCGUGGCGCGAGCUGGGCUUCCCCGUCACCGACGUGAACGGCGCGCGCCAGCUGGGCGUGGCGCUGCUGCAGGCCACGUCGCGCCACGGCCGCCGCCUCAGUGCCAACGCCGCCUACGUGCGCCCGGUGCGCGCGCGCCGCCCCAACCUCGCCGUGCUGACGCAGGCGCACGUCACCCGCCUGCUGCUCGACCCCGCCACCAAGCGCGCGCUCGGCGUCGAGUUCCUCCUGCAGGGCGCCCACGCGCUCUCCACCGUACUCGCCGACAAGGAGGUGAUCCUGUCGGCUGGCGCCAUCAACUCGCCGAAGAUCCUGAUGUUGUCGGGCGUGGGCCCCAAGCAGCACCUGUCUGCGCUCGGCAUCCCCGUGCUGGCCGACCUGCCUGUGGGGCGCAACCUGCAGGACCACGUCACCACGGACGGGCUGGUGCUCGUCGUGCCGCGCACCAACACCUCGGCCUCGGGCAACAAGCAGCGCGUCGCCGACAUCCGCAGGCACCGGCACCACGGCGACGGACCGCUCGCCUCCACCGGGCCCCUCCAGGUGGGGGUGUUCGCGCAGUCGCAGUUCGAGGAGGAGCACGACCGGCCGGACCUGCAGUACUCGUUCGACGCGGCCAACGUGGCGGACCUGCUGCGCGACCCGGCCGAGGCGGUCGAGACGAACGUGGAGCCGCUGGCCUACUACGACGGCGUGACGGUGCGGCCCAUCCUGCUGGCGCCGCGCUCCCGGGGCGCCGUGCUGCUCAACCAGUCGGACCCCGUGUGGGGCGCGCCGGAGAUCCACUCCGGCUACUUCAGCGAGUCGCCCGACCUCGACAUCCUGGUGGCCGGCAUGCAGCUGGGCUCGCGGAUGGCCCAGACGAAGGCGAUGCAGCACAUCGGGGCGUACGUGCUGGGCAACCCGAUGCCGGCGUGCGCGGACCGGGCCUUCGGCUCGGACCAGUACUGGCGGUGCGUGAUACGCCACUACACGGCCACCAUCUUCCACCCGGUGGGCACGUGCGCCAUGGGCCCCCACUGGGACCGCAACGCCGUCGUGGACCCGCGGCUGCGCGUCUACGGCGUCCACCGGCUGCGCGUCGUCGACGCCUCCGUCAUGCCGGCCAUCGUGCGCGGCAACACCAACGCGCCCGUCAUCAUGAUCGCCGAGAAGGCCGCCGACAUGGUCAAGCACGACUGGCUGUCCUAGGCCCUGCAGGGCGCCCGCACUCCGCCCUUCGUCUCGGAGACGAGACCAUUCUGGGUGGCGGUCGCCUCUGGCACACGUCAUUUACAACGAAUGAACGUUAUCCCGUCCGAACACUUUGUGAUAUUCACUCGUACAGGACACAUAUAAAGUCUACAGAUAAACAUUCCAUCGUUUUUUCAAGGAUGUUUGCCGAGGGGUCUGAUAUAAGGAACAGUGCUCUACAAAGUUGUGUUACCAACGAUUGUGGCGUAGUUGUGCCUGACAUCUGAUGUCUUCUGAACCAGUCAACAAGGAUCUUUAUCGUAAGCAUUACUUUCGUCAUCCAUUGUCCAGACACCCCAUAAUCUACUAGCCGCCCUAACUAGAUGCAUCUGCCUCCGUUUGUCUAGCACCUACUCCUUCCAGUCUGCUGAUACACUCAACCUGGUUAGGUCGUUUCCCAGUUUGCUCUGUCUAUGCUGUGUCGGUCUGCCAAGGGAAAGAAUUUUCUGUGGUUUAAUAUUUCACUAUCACCACAUGAAUAUAUCUACUUCCCGUUCAAGGUUUUUGAAAUACUAUGUUUGUUUAUUCUCUCCCCUCCAUCUU